CAUUGAAACAAAAGUGGUAACGCGGCUGCCAGGGCCAGCAUCCCUAUCCCGCUCGCCGUCGGCUGUCGCCGACAUGGAACCCGUGGCUAGCAACAUCCAGGUCCUGCUGCAGGCAGCGGAGUUCCUGGAGAGGCGCGAGAGAGAGGCGGAGCACGGUUAUGCGUCCCUGUGUCCACACCACAGUCCCGGGACCGUAUGCAGGAGGAGGAAGGCACCCCUGCAAGCUCCUGGCGCGCUCAACAGUGGGCGGCAUGUGCACAAUGAGCUGGAGAAACGGAGGAGAGCCCAGCUGAAGCGGUGCUUAGAGCAACUGAGGCAGCAGAUGCCCUUGGGAGUUGACCAUACCCGAUAUACUACACUGAGCCUGCUGCGCAGGGCCAGGAUGCACAUCCAGAAGCUGGAGGAGCAGGAGCAGCAGGCCCAGCGGCUCAAGGAGAAGCUUCGGAGCAGACAGCAGAGCCUGCAGCAGCAGUUGGAGCAGCUCCAGGGGCUGCUGGGAGUGAGAGAGCGGGACCGGCUGAGAGCUGACAGCCUCGAUUCUUCAGGCCUGUCCUCUGAGCGCUUUGACUCGGACCAAGAGGAUCUGGAGGUGGAUGUGGAAAGCCUGGUGUUUGGGACUGAGACGGAGCUCCUACAGAGCUUCAGCGCUGGGCAGGAGCACAGCUACUCACACAGCACUGGCACCUGGCUAUGAUGCCCGCCGCCGGAGUGGCCUGUACUCUCUCUGGACUGAACCCGCCAGUCAGUGGCUCACAGCCACGUGUCGAAGUGACAAUAAAGCCAUCACCGUGUGGGAGCAGAUUCUGGACUCUGCUGCACAGCUUGAGCCUGGGCUACCCUCCCCACCCCCAGGGGAUUUUAUGUAGCGCUUGGCUCUGCUCUGCUGCUCCCCACAGGGACCAGAGGCCUGUAAACUUCUUGUUCCUGGGCAAAGCCCCAGGCCUCUGCCCAUAUAUACCGCACAGUAUUUUCAUUAAAAUCCUCUUUCAUA